AUGCCAAGAGGAAAGAAAAAGUUUAUUGACAAGAAACAUGCCAUAACUUUCAGUUUAGUGAACAGGAGUCAGAGGGACCCAGAAGCGGCCAAUGAUGAAGCCCCUCAAAGAAAUUCUCAAAAAGAGGAACAACUAAAAUAUGGGAUAUACUUCGAUGAUGAUUACAACUAUCUGAAGCAUUUAAAGGAUGUCGACGAGUUUUACCAGGUCCAACCUGACUCAUUCAGGGUUGGCAAGAGAUCCAGUGAUAUGCUUAAGGAGGUUCCAAUUGAGGAAAAGCCAAGACUGCUCCUCCCAUCGUCUGUGUUUGCGUCGAAUGGUGAAACAGUUGUUGGUCUUUUGAACAUGGCCGCUCCAGUAUCUGGACCACAUCCCGACCUCGACCCCGACAUAUUGGCAGCUUUGGAUGGGGAGGUCGAUCCACAUGAUGAAAUGGAUGAUGAUUUUAUCGUCAAAGCUAAUGAUGGAGAAAAAAUGGACGAGGGAGAAUUUGAUGAUGACGAAGAUGAUGAUGACGAAGAUGAUGAUGAUGACACUUUAAAAUCAGAAAAUAAUAAUGACGAAGAUGAUGACGAGACGCAACGUAAAGAAACCAAAGAUCAUAAAAUUAGCAAACAAAUGGUUGACAACCUAAGUCGUUACUUUAAAACUCUGCCCGACUACGAUAAAAACGUUUAUGAAGGCAGUGAUGAUGGUGACUAUUUUGAUGGUGGUGGAGGGGAUGCUUUUGAUGUAGACAUCAAACAGAGAACAGGAAGGAAGAAAUGUAGUAAUAAUAAAGAUGAUGACAGUGAUGAGGUAGUCUCUCGAGUGACCGGAUCCUCUAUGACGUCAUCUGUUAUUAGGAGGAACGAAAACUUACGAUUUAUUGACGCAAAGUUUGAAAAAUUCUACAAAGAUUUUAAAAAUGACGACGACGACGACGAUGAUGUUGAGUUAGUUGAGGCUCACAACAACCAGCUAAAAUCAGACGUCUUCCAACAGCUCAGUAACCAAUUUCAAGAUAUGUCCAGAUACAAAGAAAUAAAAAUGAAAGACUUCGAGCCCAGCCACGACAAAUCUCACAUACUUCCUUACCUAAGCACGAAAUCACCACACAAAACUGAUAUGGAAGUUCCUAGUAAAGUUGAUGAUGACGAAGAUAAUGAUGAUGAUGAAAAUGAAGAUGAUGAUAAGAAUGAUGUCGAAGAUGAUGAUGAGGAAGAUGAGGAUGAUGAUUUAGAAGAAAGAACCAUAGUAUCCAACCGUUAUAGUAGUAUUGCAGGUUCUUCAUGUUCAUCUUACAGAAACCAACCAAAAACCAUCACACUUCAGAUGGUGUCUGAUAUGAUUAGAAAAAAACGAGAUAAAAGACCGACGCGGAUAGCGACUGCUACUAACACGUCAUCAUCAACGUCAUCAUCAUCAGUGAACAAAAAAGAUACUGGAGACGAUGACGAUGAGAUGCCACUUGAUCCAGAUAGAAAUAAACUUCUUGUGUUGGAAAGGUCCAAAGAUGAGACCACUAGGGAAAGGAAAGCUAGGAAGCAGGCUAUUAAGGACAACAGAAGGAUAAGAAGAGCGGCAAAACGGGCCGCUAAGAAAUCUGGAAAAUGA